UGCAAGCAGAUGAACCGUAGAAGUUAUGCGUAGAUGGUUGCUGGUAGCAUGCUAGGUUGCUAACUUAACUGUUCCGUCGGUUCAACGCGAACGGCAGCUUGAGUAGUUCUUGGAAAACGGUAGCAAAUCUGUGUUAUCAAUCGAUAAAUCUGACCACGUUAAGCCACGGAUCACCUGUUGGAUUUGAAGACGGCAUUUUUUGUUAUGCUGGGCACGAUGGACGGAAGGGACGCGGGAAGAAGCAUUUGGAAAUGAAGUAUUCCGUGUGAGAGGGACCAUAACACAACACUUGGGUGGAUAUACCUUUGGAAGAUCUGUGGUUUUGUCCUGACCUGAGCAUGACAGACCGGACCCUCCAGGUGUCUGUACCCAAUGUCUUUGACACGAGACAAGCAUGACCUGGGGAGGUGUUUGUUUUCCAUAGACCAAUCAGAUUGCACCUGCACUCCAUUGGACUCCCUUUCGCCCCCUUUCUGAGCCCGUCCCCCCCAAGACUGAGAUGAAGAAAGUGGCCCAGUGGUCCACAGAGGAAGUAUCCCAGUGGCUGACGGAGGAGGGCAUGCCGGAGUACUCAGAGUCUUUUCAGCACCUGAAUGGCCAGGACCUCCUGAAACUCACCAAGGCGGACUUCCAGAGCCCCCCGCUGUCCCUCGUCACCUCAGACGGCGGACGGCAGCUGCUGGACAAGAUUGAAACCCUGAGGAUCGAGCACCACAUCGAGGCGCACAAGAACGGGCACGCCAACGGACACGCGAUCGUGGCGGCCGACGGGGACGGCGGCGGCAAGGCCAAGAGGAACGGCGUGCUCAACGGCUUCCGCAAGGACGCCGUCCAGAUCCCCAUCCCCGAGCCAGAGCGCUCGCCCUACCCGGUAGAGUGGGGGAAGACCGCAAUUGCCUUCCUCUACGCAGUGUGCUGCUUUGUCUUCACCACCGUCAUGAUCUCCGUGGUCCAUGAGCGCGUGCCCUCCAUGGAGACCGACCCGCCACUGCCCGACAAGUUCUUUGACAUUUUCGACAGGGUCGAGUGGGCGUUCUCCAUAUGUGAGAUCAACGGCAUGUUGUUGGUGGCACUGUGGCUGCUGCAGUGGACACUCCUAAAGUACAAGUCCAUCGUUGGUCGGCGGUUCUUCUUCAUUGUUGGUACACUCUACCUGUACAGGUGUAUCACCAUGUACAUCACUACUCUCCCAGUACCAGGGAGGCACUUCAAGUGUGCUCCCAAGUUGUUUGGAGACUGGGAGGCCCAGAUGCGCAGAGUGCUGAAAAUGAUCGCGGGAGGUGGCCUGUCCAUCACAGGCUCUCACCACAUGUGCGGGGACUACCUGUACAGCGGCCACACCGUCAUGCUGACACUCACCUAUCUGUUUAUCAAAGAGUAUUCUCCAAAGAGGUUCUGGUGUUACCACUGGUUCUGCUGGAUCCUCAGCGCUGUAGGAAUCGUCUGCAUUCUGCUGGCACAUGACCACUACACUGUGGAUGUAGUUGUUGCAUACUAUAUCACUACACGCCUGUUCUGGUGGUACCACACCAUGGCCAACCAGCAGGCGCUUAAAGAAACAUCUCAAAGUAACUUUUUCUCAAGGGUGUGGUGGUACCGAUUUUUCCAGUACUUUGAACAGAACGUGCAAGGCAUCGUCCCGCGCAACUACGAGCUGCCGUUCUCCUGGAGGCCGCCGCGGUGGAGCCAGACGAAAUACACCCGGAUAGACACAUAGCGACCAGGGACGCCGCGACCGGGAGAGGGGACCCACAAAGACUGCCCAAAGUGCUACAAACCUAUCACAAGAAGAUGCCCUAAAGAACUCCUCGCUGUUCCUCCUUUAGCGGUCGUUUUUUUUGACGGGUCCCAGUCGGAAGGUGUCAGCACUGUGACUUGUGUUCUCCAAAGCAUUUCAUUUUGGAGCAGAUGAGAGCACAUGUUGUAAGCACUACUUUUACUGAUAGAGAUUUUGUAUUUUGCGAUUAGCAAGUGCUUCAUUGUAGAUCCGUCAAGCAUUUCAACUAUUUCCAUGUAACUAAAGCAUAGUUCUCUUUUUAAAUUGUAAGGAUCGUGUCGGUCUCAGCAGUGAGGCUCUAAGCCAUUUUCCCAGUGUAAAAGGUCUAUGUUCAAAGUAAGUUUGCAUCUAAGAGAAAAGUUAAAUGAUCUGGAGGAGUUUGACGCAGAAUUAAUUUAAAUUUUUUUUAAAAGACUAACAUUUUUGUAAAUGUCCUCGCUAAACAUGGCAAAGGUGCAAAAAGAUUUUUCUAAGUAUUUCACAGGUUUAUUUUUCAAACUAAUGCUAAAAAAGAAACAUUUAGAUUUUUACAUUUGAAAGCAAAGCAGACAGAGACAAAUCUAAAGUGUAUUUCAUGUUUUCUAGUGCCUUUCUCAUCUUGAUUGUACAGCCCUAUGGUGUGUUCAUGUAUGUAUUUGUUUAUUUUGACGACAGUGUAGUGUGCUAUAUGAUUAUUUUGGUUUGAACCACAGAGAGGGGGCAUCCUGUUGUGGAAGUGGUGACCAAAAGCCCAUAUAUUGAUGUAUGUAUGAAGGACGACAACCUCAAUGUUUUAUCCAUUUCCUGAAUGUAAGAAUUAUUUUAGUUUUAGAAAUGUCUUUCCAGGCCAAGUAAGCUUGAAAAAGUAAGUGAGAUGAAUCAUUAUUAUAUAUGACAUACAGCCAUUAUUUUAUUGUACAAUCAUUUCAAUGUGUUUUUUCCGUUUGUUUUAAAUCGCCAUAGCACUCCCCUUAUCCUUGUAUUUGUCUAUGCCAAACAGCUGUAUGGCUUGGGACUCACACCCGUAGGAAUCCCAGGUCAGUACAAUGGAAAGAGAAUUAGGGCGAAUUGCAGAGGUCCGGAUGGUGACAAAAAGAAUGUUCCCCCAACUCCCCCACUCCACCACUCCUCCGUUCUAUACCUCAUAGCUAACCUACAAGCCACCCAAUGGGAGAAGCUGCUGUCAGUGAUGUAACGGUUGGGAAAAUGAAUCCAAGUGAAAAUAAAUGAAAACCUUC